AUGAAGCUAUCUCUUCCGCGACUUGCGGUCCGGAGAGGCCUCAGAGAGCCAUUAUCCUACAUACUGCCUCCUCUAAGACCCUGCAAUUCUACCAUCGGAAACCUUCUCGCACCAGAGUGCCCCCGACACCAUCGACAUUGCUCACCACGACAUAUCAGCAAUACUACCGCUUCCCUCCAACAAAAGAACCCGAAUGGAAGCCAGACCUCACCUUCCGAUAGAACAGGCACUCUCUCCUCUGCAUCGAAACCCUCGCAAACCUCCCCCGCAUCCUCAAUAUCGGAACAUGUCCGCCUCCUCAUGCGCCGGGUCCCCUACCCGGUCGCCAUAAUAACAGCCACCGACCCAACCGGUCCGGCAGAUACCACCUCCUUCCGCGGGAUGACCGUCUCCUCCUUCAAUACAGUAACCCUCACGCCGCACCCAGUAAUCUCAUUUAACGUGCGCCGACCAUCCGAGACACUCAAUGCGCUGCUCGCCUCAGGCCGGUUCCUAGUCCAUCUACUCGCGCCGGGACCUGCGACCGCAACCCUGGCCGGAGACUUUUCCAAGGGAAACACAACGCUCGCUUCAAUGUUGAGCGGGCAUGGAGAGUUUGAAUUCGGGGUAGUGAAUGCUGAGCAGAGCUUCGGUGAUGGAGCCGAGAGGCCUCUACCGAUCCUCAGGCGACGAGGGCCACACUCCAACAACCGCAAGGAUUUCCCUUUCGUGUUAGAAUGCAGGCUUCACCCACAGAGAAUUGAUGUGCAUGAUCACUCAAUUGUACUGGGUACAGUUUUGCGGGCCAUUGAAGGCUCGGAAAACCAGAUUUCGAGCCAGGGGUAUGCUGAGGAGAACCCGGAUGAGCAUUCGCCCGAAAGCUUAUGUCUGACAUACGCCAAUACAAGGUUCUGGAAGAUGGGAGGCGAGAUUUAA